GACCAUAACAAGGUGUCAAGCUCGGCAGUCUCCCUUCACCUGAUCCUAGCACCCCGACCGAUUCACCACAACACUCCCAAGCUAUACUCCCCUCUCCUAGCCGGGUGUGGGUUCUUGUUCGUAUAGAAAAAGCUAAGUAGAUCCACACCAAACGUCUAUAUCAGACCGGAAUCCCCUAACGUCAUGGAUUCGCAGUUGAUCCCCGCCAAAAGAUGCGCCCGUACUCCAGUGAUCAGUCGGGCUGCACUGGACUUGCUCGAGGCCAUCGACGGGGACGUCGUAUACGAGGAGAUGUUCCCCCUCGUCGUGGAGAUGGCCAAGGAGCUCCGUAAGCAGAGCUUCGUCCCCUGCGAGAGGAUCGUGGGGUUGUUCGAGGCAAAGGGGACCGAGGAGAACAAUAACCUCCAGUACCUCUUCUACUCAUUCCACCGGAAGACUCUGAGAGCGCUAAUCCUAGGUACGAUCCCCCACGACGUGCCCGAGAUGAACUCCUCCAACAGGGAGUACCUAUAUCCCGCCCAGGGCGCCGGCGCGUACCUGGCGGGGAUGUCCAUCGAAGGCCGCGACGGGGCUUUCCUGAGCUGCAACGAGAUCGAGGAGGUCAUAGAGACCCUGAAGCUCUACCGGGAGGGCUGCGAAGCCUUCGAGCUGCUGGCGCAGGCCGACGAGCUUGACUACGGCGGUAGCCAGCUCGAAGACGAAGACAGGCUGCGGCUGACGUUCGCUCUCAGCCUCGACAACACGUUCCUCCCCGACCACAGGCGCUGGAGAGAGGGGCAGGACUUUACGCAGCCCGCCGGCAUGGCCGGCAAGGGCGUCGCCACCAUCAAGCUCCUCGAGCGACAGCUCCAGAAGCGGCUCCGCUACAAGGAUACCGACCCGGACGUCUACCAAUUCUCGAGUCCGGCGUACGUGGGCUGCUCCGACACCAUCGCCACCAGGAUGGCGCAGCACGACCCCAGCUCGUCUUCGAUGCACUGCACGUCCAUGAUACGUAAGUUGCUGAUGGCGAGCAUCCGCCAGCUGGGCCUGAGGGUAGUCAUGCGCUCCUACCCGAUCCUGCUGGCGUGGAAGCCUUCCCAGGUCCGGCUGGCGGAGGUAUUGGUGACCGUUCUCUCCCGGUCCCUCAUCUCCGCGGCCGGCCUCAACGUCAUCCAGCCCGGGACGAGCCGGAUACCGAGGAACCAGUCCCUCGAGAGGUACGAGGACAACGAGAUGCUCGUGAUCGUGGGACGCGAAUGGCUGAACGACAACGUCGACGCGUCCAGGUUGUACCGGGCGACCAAGCCACUCUACGAAGAGUUCUGGCAAAGGGCGCAGGCGCGCUGGACUGCCGAGGAGGCGGAGCAGAUGGUAGCCGAAAUCAAUCGGCUGGAGGACAAGUUCUGGCGACUCAAACCGCUAAUCGAGCGGCUCAUAGAGGAGAGACACAACCGAAUAGCUGAGCACGAGAGACGAAUCCGAGAGUUCGACAUACUCAUACACGCAAGAUACUUGCUGCCCGAAUCCAACCCCCCGCAAGGGGGCGAGGAGGAGGAAAAUUGACUGCCUAGGAAAGCCUAGGUAGCCAGGGGAGGAUGGGCCGCCCUCGCGGCGUGCCGGGGUGUGGGGUGCGGGGUGCGGGGUUGUAUGAGAUGUUGUGUACGGGAGUCUUGGAGUUGGGGCGACUGCAGUGUUGUACGAGGUUUUGGUUUGGAGUCUGGGAGUUGAGUGAACGCAGUGUUUUACGAGAUUCUGGUAUGGGAGUAUGGGAGUUUGGGAGUUGGGGAGUUGGGUGGCCGCAGCGUUGUAUGAGAUUUUGGCGUGUCGGGUAAUGUCUGAUAUGGCGUGCUGGGUUACAUGUUGUAUGAAUAUGUGGUGUGAACGGCUACGAGGCCCGCGUGUUGCGCUGAAGUUGGGAUGGAAU